UUAUGGAUUCUUCUCGAACCAAAGAGCGGGAGACGAGUGCUGUUCCUCAAAAAGCUAGGCUGCCAUCUCCGAGCCCUCGGGGCGCCUUCUCGCCAUGGCGUCCGGCGAAUCCCAGAAACAUCUCCUCUCGCUGAUCCGCAAUUUCGCCUCGGAGAAAUCCCAAGAAGAGCUUAGGGUCUCCGAUCUUAAGAAGCGGCUCCUCGAACUUCAGAACGAUCUCAAUGUUGCAAUCGCCGACCUCGAUGGGGCCAAGCGGUCCAGGGAGAUGGUCGAGCAGGAGCUGAGGGGAUCGCAGGUUCAGCUUUCUAUGAUUGGUGCAUCAAUCCAAGCGCAAGAGGCGAGGAUUUCUCAGCUGCAGGAGGAGAUAUUGAAGCUCCGUUCUGAUCUGGAUACACUCAAGGUGAGAAUCGCUCUCGUGCUCUCAAAUGUUGUUAGAUUUUCUUUCGUUAUUGUCAUUCUUUGUUUUCGAACUUUGACCUUGUUAUUUGAUCUUCUUAAUCCACCUGGCAUCGGUGAACAGAGUGAAGUGCGUUUCAUGCGGCAAUUUCAAGAGAUUACUGUCAAUGCUUUCCAGAAAGAGCAACCUGGACAACUUUGUUCAGAUAAUGGCAAGUGAUUUUUAGUUGACUAUGCAGCUUAUACAUUCUGAAUAGACAUGGUUAAGUGAUGUGCUGAUCUGCUUUGUAUCUUUGGUUAACUGGGAAGAUGAUCUGUAGAUUUUAUUUGUAAACAGUCCAGGUUUAAGUUUCCAUUGUAUACUUAGCAUGUCAUGUAGCAACUUAUAUGUUCAAGAUCAAUACCGAAAAGUUACAGAAUUCAGAACUCAUUUGUGAUUUGAUUCAUCUGAUAUAUUCUGGUCUUUCUUCACAAGGAAAACAACCUGUAAACU